AUGGAAGUAUCAGGUCGAAAGGAAUGUGAUAACAAUCAAACAACUUACCAAGGGAGACAACGUCGAAUUCUUUGUCAGCCCUGUGAGUGUGAGGGCGACACAAUAGAAGCGGUGGCAUUUUGUGAAACUUGUAAAGAGUUCAUCUGUUCUCCAUGUUUGAAGGUUCAUCGGAAAUUGGCUAUAAGUAAAAAUCACGUAAUCAAGUAUAAGAAUGAAAUGCCAAUAUCAGGAAAAAUGAAAAAAGAUCCAUGUACGGAGAUGUGUUCAGUCCAUCCUACCGAAAUAAUAAAAUUUUAUUGUGAAGACCAUAAUUAUGUUCGAUGCGGAGAUUGUAUGGUACUUAGUCACAAGACGUGUUCUGUUAAGCUUGUCAAUGAUGUAUCCGACAACUAUGAUACCAGCGAGGAAUUCGUGCAGAUCAAGAAAAAGAUAGAGACCCUUCUGCGUAGAAUUUCAUCUGACCAAAGUGAUAUUGUAAAUAACAUAAAGGCUUCUGAUGAAAUGAGAGAAAAAAUUAUUAAAGACAUUUACAUUUUUCGACAAGAGAUUAACGAAUAUUUGGAUAAUGCUGAGACAGAUCUGCUGAAGCGAAUAGAUCAGCUUACAUCUAAACAAGUGUCUCAGCUUGGGCAUAUGCAAAGAGAAUUUGAGUCUAUGGAAACCGAGAUGAGAGAAUAUCAAGAUAAAAUGAGUAAAAAUUCAGAUAAGAUUAAUCAAUUGUUUGUAAAAGCAAAAUUUGCUCAUGAGAAGAUUGAAGCCUGUCAGAAUUCAACAGAGGCGCUAGCCUCUAAAUGUGAGAUCGAAAUAUUUGACUUUGUAAAGUCUGAAGUGUUAGAAAAACUUGUAACAGGCAAACUUCCCUUUGGUAUUAUCAAUAAGAAAAAACAGAAGUUACGUACACACAGCAAAAAGAGCAUGACAGAUGUUCAAAGACUGCUGUUAAAAAGAUUUGAUGCCUGCAGGUCAAUUAAAGACACCAAAUCUGGUUUCAUAACAAAAAUGAAAUUAAUUUCCUGUGAUGAACUCUUGAUUGUUGAUUAUGGAAAUUAUUGUCUAAAACUUUUAAAUGUAGAAGAUAAUGAGCUGACCUGUAUUUUAAAAACAGAUGGAAAACCAUGGGAUGUCACUGCAAUCAAUUUAGGAUUAUUCGCAGUAAUUUUAGUCAAUACAGGUAAAAUACUAUUCGUAAAUAAAUCAAAAGGUAUUUCUAAAAGUCACAGUAUUAAGGUCAGACAUGACUGUAGAGGAAUCGACUACCGUAACGGAGUUCUUGUUGUAUCAUUCGACUCUCCAGCAUGCGUUCAGCUACUUGACAUGAAAGGAAAAUUAAUGAACGAGUUUGAUAUCGAGAAGCACUGUCCAUGGCCUUAUUAUAUAGCUUCAUGUAACGACGAUAACGAAAGUUUCGUUGUGUCUAAUGUCUUUGAAACUACUCUUUUUGAAUUCACUGUUGAUGGAAAAGUAAAAAAUAAGAUAAAAAGCAAUGGUUUAAAAUCACCAAGACAACUUGUCAUGACACAUGAUGGGACGGUUAUUGUUUGUUGUGGUGGUAUCAGUGAUAGACUAAUCAUGGUAACUCCAAAUACAAGAGAGGUGCAUCCUAUUGCUGUGAAAGGUGUCAAGAGUCCCCUUUGUUUUGCGAUUUCCGAUGAUUUGACGAGGAUGUUUAUUUAUGACAAGUCAAAUAAGGAUAUCAAAGUAUUUGAUAUCAAUUGA